AAUGAUAACAAAGAGAUAAUUUGAUAAGCAUCAGGUGGGACUUUGUAGCAAGGCUUCAUAUCGUUACAGGUUUGAGCAAAGUGAUGCUUAAGCCUUAAGGUAUGAGUCAUAGAGGAAAACUAACAAACACCAACACAAAACUCAAACAAAAGAUAAAGAUAGGAAAAAAAAAAAAUUGAUAAGUUUUCCGGCUGGGCUCAAAAUUGUCAUAAAUGGUGGGUGAUGGAGCAGAACGGAGUUAGAAAUUUUUUCUAGCGGGGACGACCCGAAAGACAACUAAAAAAAAUCUUAUUAUACUAUAUGGUUUAUACCCAAUAUGAUAAUAGGGAUAGAUUUCAAUGAUGAUGUAUCACAAUUUCAAUGUUACAAAAAUUUCAAUAUAGUAGCGGAAAGUGGCAAAGUGAUGAGAAAAUAUCAAUACAUAUGAUAGGCAGGAGAGGGGUUUUUCGGUUUGAAUAACAGAACAAAACACUUUUGCUCAUAUAAUAUUUGAUAUGAAGUUUAAGUGGUAUGAACGUAUGAUAUAGAUACAUAUAUUUUCUUUAAAAAUAAGGAAUGUAUAUUAUCUAAUUGUAGUCUACGACUAAACAAACGAAUUACCUAAGUGGGGGUAUCUGCCCCCAAUGAGCCUUCAUUAGCUUCGUCCAUGUGAUGGAGGAAGGAGGCUUGAAAUUUGAGACAAACCAUGAGGGCUGCUAAAAAAUAAAAAAAAUAAAAAAAUUAGAGGAGGUGUGGGGUCUAUGGUAAUGGGAUGAGAAUGAAUGAAAAAACAAUAAAACAAAAAAAUAAAGAUAUAAAAGAACUGAAAAAACCCUAUAUAUCACGUUGCUUACCAUAUCAUGUAAACCUCACAAUAGGCUUAAAAUAAUGUGGUUCAAAUUCGUUUUUGACGAUAAUCGAACCUAAGAUCUCUAACUUACAAAUGAAUAGAAAUACCACUAGAUUGUAGUAUUAAGUGAUAAUACAACUUAGAUUUAAACAGGACAAAAAUAUAUGAUUAUUAAUGUUGUGUUGGGGUGCUUCUUUGGUUUAGGCAUUAGAGAACUGAGCGCGAGACAUACAAAAGACACCAGCAAAGAGGAUCACUCCAGCCAUAGUCUUUGAUUUCAGAAGGAAAUGGAAAUUAUAAUUGCAAUUGCCUCAAAAAUUGGAGAAUGCUUGGUCACACCAAUAGGAACAGAGUUUGGCUAUUUGAUUCAUUACCAUUCCAACCUUGAAAGUCUUAGGGGUGAGAUAAAAAAGCUUUUUGACAAGAGAGAUGGAGUGCAGCGAUUGGUAGAUGCUGCCAAAAGGAACGGUGAAAUCAUCAAACCUGAUGUUCAGAGUUGGCUAAAGAAUGUGAACGACAUGAUCCAGAAAGUGUUACAUUUUGAGGAUGAAAUUAACAAGAAAAGGCGAUGUAUGAAUCGAUGGAGCUUGAAUCGGAAAACCUAUAAGAUUACACAACAUGUUCUUCAGCUCCAAAACGAAGGAGCAUUUGAAAAUGUGGGCCAUCCUGCACCUCCACGAGGGAUAUGGUUAAAAUUCAAGAAAGGUUUUAAGGAUUUUAAGUCCAGAAUGGCACACAUGAAUGAGGUGAUAGAGGUUUUGAAGAGGGAAGAAGUACGAAUGAUCGGGAUUUGUGGAAUGGGGGGUGUGGGUAAAACCACAAUGGCGAAAGAAAUCAUCACAAGAUUGGCAAAACUGAACCUGUUUGAUAAUAUUGUAAUGGCAACUGUGUCUCAAAGUCCAAGUAUUAAGAUGAUCCAGUUGGACAUUGCAGCACAAAUAGGUUUGGAAUUGAAGGAGGAAUCCGAGUCCGGAAGAGCGCUAAAGCUGCAUGACAAACUCAUGAAAAUAAAGAGGAUCCUGAUUGUAUUAGAUGAUGUCUGGACAGAGCCUGAUUUUGAGGCUAUAGGACUCCCUUGUGAAGAUGCUCAUAAAGGGUGCAAAGUUUUGUUGACAUCAAGAGAUUCCGAAGUCUGCAACGCGAUGGGAAGUCAACAAAUCAUUGCAGUCCGGAUUUUAACAACAGAAGAAUCAGAGGAGCUCUUUAGAGAAAUGGUAGGUGAAUCCUUCAAUGCUCCUGAUUUACAUUUCACUGCAAAAGAUGUUGUGAAGGAAUGUGGAGGUUUACCUAUUGCUAUUGUAACUGUUGGAAAAGCCCUAGAAAAGAAAAAGAAGCAUGAAUGGGAAGAUGCCCUUAAUCAGCUGCGAAAUUCUAACCCAGUGAACCUCCAUGGAGUGGACAGCAAAGUUUAUUCUAGUAUAAAAUUGAGUUAUGAUGGCUUGGAGAGUGAUGAAGCAAGGUCAUGUCUUUUACUUUGUUGUCUAUUUCCGGAAGAUUAUAAUAUUCCAAUUGAGUAUUUGGUUCGAUAUGGGUGGGGUCGAGGAUAUUUUAGUAGCAUCGUUACUUUGGAAGAUGCAAGAAAUAGAGUGCAUUCUUUGGAUGACCAACUAAAAAGAAGGUUUUUGUUACUAGAUGGUGGCAGGAGUGAGACUACAAAAAUGCAUGACAUAGUUCGCGAUGUUGCCAUAUCGAUUGCUUCAAGAGAUCCACAUCGAUUUCUGGUAAGAAGUCAUACUGAAAAUAAAGAGUGGCCAAAUUUAGCUACAUAUGACACAAUUUCACUGGUUGGCGAUCUGGAGAUUCCAGUUGGUUGCCCAAAACUUGAGCUUCUACAGACGAUGAAUGGACGUUUUUCAAAAGGUAGCAUGGACAUCAUUUGUAAGGCGAUGAAAGAACUGAAGGUUUUAGCUUUGGUGGGAAUGGAAAUGGAAGACCUAGGCUCAUCAAGAUCACCAGGAGUACCGAAGAACCUGCGGACCUUGAUCCUAGAUGGGUCUGACUUUGAUGGCAUGUCUACUGAUGUUUUUGGGCCUUUGGAGAAUUUAGAAAUACUCAGCUUUCGGGAUUGUUAUUACAUGCGUGAGUUGCCGAGCGAAAUUGGACGACUUAAACAGUUGAGGUUGUUAGAUACGACAAACUGCAGGAAUCUUGAGGUGAUUCCACAUGGUAUCUUCUCCGGCUUAUGUAGACUUGAAGAGUUGUAUAUGAUGGGUAGCUUUGAUAAAUGGGACCUUGGAACAGGAAGAGAAGAUAAGAGGAUGGCAAGCAUUUCUGAGGUGAUGUCUCUGUCUGAUCAUUUGAAGGUUCUAUCCAUAAAUGUCAUCCACUUGUUGCCAAAAGACAUAGUCUUGAAAAACCCAACAAUAAAAUUCCAUAUAUACUUUCGAACUCGGGCAAGGAAAAUGAUCAAUCGAUUUGCUGAAAGUGAUGCGUUCCAAAAUUGUUUGGUGAUUGAUGACAGUGAUGCAAAGGAGUUGAUGGAGAGUCAAGCAGUUAGACUUAUGUUGAAAAAAUCUGAAAAAUUGGCUUUGCACUAUGUUAACAAUUUCUCUGCCCUCAGUGAUUUAGACGAAGAGGGAUUUCAAGAUUUGAAAGUUUUGUAUCUUGAUAUUUGUCCAAAUAUCGAGUAUCUUGUAAAUGGAACAAGUGCACUCUUUUCUCGCAGACAAUUAGUUAGUCAGCUUCCAAAUAGCUUUUUGACCAACCUAAGAUUCCUUCGAUUGUCAUAUUGUGGUGCCUUAAAAUAUGCCUUUUCACUAUCAGUAGCGAAAAACUUGGUACAACUCCAGGAAUUACAAAUUCUUAAAUGUGAUCAAAUGGAAGAAAUUGUAUCAAAGCAGGGGAGGGAACAUGAGGAAGCAAAUACAAUAACUUUCCAUAAAUUAACCAAUUUGAAUCUCCGGGAUCUACAGAGUUUGGCUGGUUUCUUCCAAGCUAACAAGCUAUACUCCAACCAAGAGGAAACAACGGCAAGGGUUGAGCAUCAAUCUGCAGGAAUAUUUGAAAAAGCAAUAUUUCCAUCAAAGUGCAUUUCAUGGUUUCCAAGUUUAGAAGAGGUAGUAUUGAAAUAUAUGGAGUUUGAAGGCGUGCUAUUUGAUCUGAAAAUCCAUAUAGUUAUGGAUGGGCAGACAGCUCCAACAUGUCCCCAGUUACGUAAGUUGAAGAUAUCCAAAUGUUCGUUUACACACUUGUGCAAAAACAUUCCGUCUGGAUUCCAGGGUUUCCAAAAUUUGAGAUAUUUGGAAUUGAAAUCUUGCUCUGGAAUAAAUUAUGUGUUCUCGCAUUUAAUUGCCUCGGAACUUUUGAAUCUUGAAGAGGUAAAGAUAGGUGGAUGUCGGGACAUGGAAACUAUAGUCAGAAUCACAGAGGAAAAUGAAGAAGAGGCGACAAAAGACAUGAUUUUCUCUCCCAAACUGAACAUAUUUGAAAUAGUAUACCUGCCUCGUCUCACAAGUCUUUGUCCAGAGGGAUUUACAUUUCAAUGGUCAUCCACGAAAAAUAUGCACGUGUACGGAUGUGAAAAAUUGAAGACAUUGGGUGCUGUAAUUCCACAAAGAAAGAAGUUGGAGAAUAAGUCCGAGAAGGAUUCAACAAGUCAUGAUUUCAGCACUUCUCCAACACGUUCAUCAAAUUGGUGCCCUGAUGGGUGUGGAUGCAUACCAUAUUCAAGACCAAACGCCCAACGCCCCAUUGAAAUAUUGCCACGUCCAAUUAAUCAGGAGGUUACACCAACUAAUCUGGAGGACUCAAAUGAUGAUGAUAAUCUUGAAGAACUUUCUGUAAGUGAAUGUAAUUCAAUGGAAGUGAUUUUCCAACUCAAGGGACCAAAGCAUGAAGAAAGUAGUCACUCCGUUGAAGCAUUCAAAAAAUUGAGGUCCUUGUGGUUACAUACGUUAGCAAGUUUACUGCAUGUUUGGGAGACAGGUAGUUCACAACCGAUGUUCGCAGGAAGCAGCUUCGGAAACUUGAAAUCGCUGAGGGUCUAUAAGUGCAACCAGUUGAAAUACUUGUUUUCUUCGUCCAUAGUCAAACUUCUUGUGAGUGUAGAGGACAUACAAGUUGAGAAGUGUGAGCAGAUGGAAGAAAUCGUUGCCGCAGAAGAAGAAGAAGCAGGGGAAAUAAUUACAUUACCUAAAGUGAAGUCCAUCAAGCUUAAAAGCCUGCCAAAACUCAAGUAUUUUUGUGGCGAAGCUUACACUUUGAAGUUGCCGUCUUUGGAGUUAUUGAAGGUUAUUAAUGUGCAAGACUUAAGGCCAUUUGAUUCUAAGCUUGUUGACACGCAUAAUCCCCGAUUGCAAGUAAAACCCGCAUUUCGACAGGAAUGGACAAGUAAGGAUGAAGAUGACAAAAUCGACAGUGAGGAUGAAGAUGAAGAUGACGAAAUCGACAUUGAGGAUGACGAUGACAAAAUCGACAUUGAGGAUGACGAUGACAAAAUCGACAUUGAGGAUGACGAUGACAAAAUCGACAUUGAGGAUGACGAUGACAAAAUCGACAUUGAGGAUGACGAUGACAAAAUCGACAUUGAGGAUGACGAUGACAAAAUCGAAGGCAAGGAUGAAGAUGACGAAACCAAUAGAAAGGACGAACACAAUUGAUUGAUCAAGCACAAAGGAAAAGAGUUUAAAGAACGUUGUGGCUACAGCAAUUCGUUUACUAUAUCAUAUGUACAAACCAAUAAAAGGACAUUUGUUGCACCAGAAUUUCAUUCCAAAAAUACUAUUUAUGUUGCUUAUUUUAUGUACCAUAAAUUUCGAUUGCGAUUAUUACUGUUUGUUUCUAAA